UCACACACAACAUAUUUUAAACCUUAAAAAAAAUUCCACCUAAAUUCAAAAUUUCAAAAUUUUUUUCCUGGACCUUUUCGUAUAAGUGUAAAGUUUAGUAUUAUGCGCGUAUUUGGUAGUGUAACGAACUAUUUAAAGUGAAAAAAAUUCUCAACACAUAAAAAGCAAAAAUGCCGGGGAUACUCGGGAAGUUCCCGACUAAUCGUCUUGGACCGCAUCUAUCGCAGAUAUCCCGAUGCCUUAGCUACCACGCCCCGCUCUUCCGGCCGCGCAGCCUGAUCCACGGCAAGAGGUUCAGGCAGUUGUCCAUCAGUGUCACCUCUGGAGCCAAGACGACUCCUCUGGCUGAUAGGACCUCUCAUCCAGGUCGCGUCCGGGUGCAGAAGUACUCGCAGAAGGGCAACAAUGUCUUCUCGAUCAGCGACAACGUGGAUAUGUUGCGGAAACGGAUCAGCUUCUCUGGGACAUCGGGCAAUGCACCUAAGAUCCUGCCCAUUGGCCUGAUUACACCGGAAACUGGCGAUGGCAAGGAGCUGAAGAUCGUCAUCGUGCCUUUGGAUCUGUCCGGCAUGGACGCCAAUGCUCUGAAGGAUACGCUGGAGACUAUCAACCAGUUGCGAUUGUACGCCAAUCAUAUAGAGGCCUUUUCCAGCAGCAUGGUCGAGGAAUACGGCGCCUUGAACGAAGCCCUCCAGGAAGUGGAGUCGCAGGCACAGUCGGAAGAAGUCAAGGCGGAGGCCAAUACCGAUGAUCGCAACUUCUGGGAGAGCUACCCAUCCUCGCCAGCGGCCGACGUCGAUGCUGUGGGAACCGCAGUGGAUGCGGGCAUGGGUGCGGGGGCCAACAUGCCCCUGCAGCGCCAUGCUGCGGUCAGUAGUUGCCUUCAGAACUCUCUGGGAAAUCCAGUUCGUCCAGCAGCUACCAGUUCUUCACUGAAAACCACCAAGUCCAUGUCUGCGCUGGCCCAACCCGAACCCAUCCAUCCAUCUAGCCUGGAAGCCAAUCUUAAAGAGCUCGCUACCCAAGAGGGCGACUUUGUCGAGGAGGUGCGAGUGGAUGUGCCGCAGGAUCUGAGCAAUCGGCUUAACGAGAUGGCAGUCUCCUCCAUGGAGCUGUCCUUUGAAAUGGACAUGACCAACCUGCGAGAUGCUCUCAAUAAUAAGGACCCGAAUUCGGUAGCUCCGCAAAAUCCCAUGAUCUGUAUGCACACCAAGGUGGAACUGGACGCAACCGGUAAGGCGGUACAAACUCUGCCGCUCAGGUUCAAUGCCCUGAUCUCUGGCGUGGUGGAGAUCGAUGCCCAGAAGCUUAAGGACGCCCAGAUGACCGAGGAUAAGAUGCCGGGUUUCAACGAUGACCUCACUUCGCUGGCUGCCAACCUUUGCAGCACCGCGUUGGAAAAGGGUUUCGCCACCAACUCAAAAUCUCCGGACGACCCCUAUAUCGCCGAUCUGGAACUGACCAAGGAUGAGGAGGCCUUUCCGACCAGGAUCAUCGAUACUUCAUAUAUGUCGGCAGCUACCCAAAUCGGACAUCAGCGGGAAGCCCUGCAGAAGAUAGCAGAGGAAGCUUCUACUGUGCCGGGCAUCCAGGAGGUGGAGGUGCCUGUUCCGGUGGACAAGGAUGGCUGCAAGCAUCCGCCCGUGAAGCCAAAGCGCAAAUGUCCUGGCAAAUGUCCCCUAAUCACAGAUCCCUGCAAGGAGGAUCCUUGCGAGCGUCCUGAAAAGAAAAAGGCUCCCAAGAAAAAGGCGGUACAAACGACGGAGAUAACAUCCAAGGCCAAGGGUGGCGACAAGAAAGAUUCCUGUGCAAAGGGCGAAAAAGGCAAGGACAAGAAGGAUCCAUGUGCCCAGUUCAAGAAGGGCGGCAAAGAUGGUGGCAAGAAGGACGGCGGUGACAAGAAAAAGGAUCCGUGUGCUAAGUUCAAGUCUGGGGAGAAGAAAGAUCCUUGUGCCAAGAAGGACGAUAAGAAAAAGGAUCCUUGCGCCAAGAAGAAGGAUCCCUGUGCCAAGAAAGAUGAUAAGAAAGAGGAUCCCUGUGCCAAGAAGAAGGAUCCUUGCGCCAAGAAAGACGAUAAGAAAAAGGAUCCCUGUGCCAAGAAGGACGAUAAAAAGAAAGAUCCUUGUGCCAAAAAAGAUGAUAAAAAGAAAGAUCCCUGUGCCAAGAAGAAGGAUCCUUGCGCCAAAAAAGACGAUAAGAAGAAAGAUCCCUGUGCCAAGAAGGAUCCUUGUGCUAAGAAGGACGAUAAAAAGAAGGAUCCAUGUGCCAAGAAGAAGGAUCCUUGCGCCAAGAAAGACGAUAAGAAGAAAGAUCCUUGUGCCAAGAAGAAGGAUCCCUGUGCCAAAAAAGACGAUAAGAAGAAAGACCCCUGUGCCAAGGGCGGAAAGGAUGAUAAGAAGAAAAAGGAUCCCUGCGCCAAGUUCAAGAAGGGCGGCAAGGAUGGCAAGGAUAAGUGCAAGUUUUCCACCUUUUCGAGGCGUCCAGAUCCAAGCAAACGCUACCUGUCCACUGCCUUGAGCCACGUUUUCCAAGAAUCGGCUCCCGCUCCAAAAGCUCCCCGCUUCCAAGUCUACUCCACUCUUGUACGCCGUCACUAUCGUGUCCCUGCUCUCAAGACCUCCAGCUCCUGCCAGUGUUCCCUGUGCAAGGUUCAUCUGCUGGACAAGGCAACUCCUCCUGCCAGGUUCACGAUCAACACAACCCUUCUGCGACGUCGCUUUGGUGGACUUGCGGGAAGGAUCACCCCUGGUUCUCUGAGCCAAUUCAGUUAUCGGGGAUACGCGAAGAAAAGCAAGAAGGGCGGCAAGUGCGGCCAGAUGGCGCCCAAGUACCCCAAGAGUCGUGGCAAGGACAUCAAGGAGCGGACGGGUCUGCGAGAGGAUUGCUUCAGCGAUGACGACGGCGGUUGCGGGGUCAAGAGCUGCACCGGCAAGUGCGCCAAGGUCAAGUUCCCCAAGAAGAAGUGCGAACGCAAGGAGAAAAAGGACGAUGGUAGAAUAGGCAAUCUCUUGGCCCGGAAUACCUCUGUGCAGCUGCAGACGCAACAAAGAUCACUCAGCACAAGGGUCUGUUGCCAACCAUCUCCGAAACCCAAAUUUGACGAUCAGGCUCUUGCGCUGCGUAUCUCGAAUUCCUACGAGGUCAAGGUGGUUCCCGUUUCCAAACCUCGUCCCAAGGAUUUCGACGUCCUUAUUCGAACGGGUUCCGUGGCCAUCUCGAACUCGGACAUCCAUGUGUACGAGAACGGCAGUCGCGACAUAGAAGCCAUGUCCCUGGGCCACGAUGCCACGGGAUUCGUGGAGGAAGUCGGUCGCUGUGUCCAUCAGCUGCACGUGGGUGACCGUGUCGUCAUGGAGUCUGCCUUGUCCUGCGGCAUCUGCGACCUGUGCAAGCAAGGGCAGUACAACAUGUGCUCUGGGCUGGUGUACAAUGGCUUCCUGAGCACCUACCAAACGCAUCCGGCCGACCUAUGUCACCGACUUCCCACGUCCAUCAGCAUGGAGGAGGGCGCCCUAACCCAAACAUUAGCCCUGGGAUGUCAGGCGUGCUUCAAGGGCAACAUCACGCCCACCAGCAAUGUCCUCAUCCUGGGAUCCUGUCCGACGGCAGUGGCGGCAGGCAUAUGCGCCAAUGCCAUCGGGGCCAAGCGUGUGGCCAUUGCAGGAUGCAUGGCUCCCGCCCUGGAUGUGGUAGCCCGGGACUUUGGCUUCCAAGCCGUCGAGUUCGACAGCAACGCCCUGUUCGGAGAGGUCCUAGAGGCCAUCUACAGCAAGUUCAAGGACUGGCCAGACUGCGUGAUAAACUGCUCCAUCUCGGCCAUGACUAUGAAUCUGGCGGUCAUGGCCCUGCAGCCUUGUGGUGUCUGCGUGCUGGCUGAGUGCGAUUCGGAGUGCGCCAGUUUCAAUGCCUUGGAUGUCCUGAUGAAGAACAUCCGACUGGUGCCCAGUUUUCGGUCCGCCAAUAUGUAUCCCACUGCCAUCCAACUCAUGCGAUCUGGUCGGGCACUCAUGCACAAGUUCAUUACGGCCUCAUAUCCUCUGAGCAAGGCGGAGGAGGCCUUCCGAACUGCCCAGCACGAGUCCAACGUUGGGCUGGGGAAGAUCAUUGUUAACUGUGCGGACGAAGUGGGCAUCGAGGAGAAUCUAGGGAGGAAUUCCAAAUCGGCAUCGUAGAAAAUUAUGGUAGUAAAAGCUGUCUAGAAGACCACAUCAAUGAAUUCUAUUAUACUUCAGGUUGCUACUCGUGUGUUCGAUUUUAAAUUGGGAAUUAAAAUAAAACAAUAAAUUUUAA